GUGUGUUGUACGUCAAUUGUGUACGCAACAGAUAAGAAACAAACCAAAGUGGAAUUUCCUGAGGCGAGAAUCUACGAGGAGGCAAUGAACGUGUUGUUGUUCGAAGAGAGACAUCUGUGUGCGCGAUGUGGAGGCGAUGCGGGACGUUGCUCACCACCUCGGGCGUUCUCCUCACAGCAACUCUUGUCAGCUUCAUUCGCCAAUCAACAGCCAAACAGCAGUUCUGUUUCGCCUCAGUCAACGUCACCAGCACCGUUCUGUCAUGAAUCAGCGUCGUUCGCGUCAACCAGUUCGGUGUCGUUGGAUGAUAGACGAAGACUGCAUCGUGGCAGUAACGGGGCGAAUUCUAGCACCCGCAGCGAUGAUAAUAAU